CUCAACUUUCUGUAGUCCUCGUGUGCAGAUCGAGCUCCAUCCGCUGAACGUCAAUGGCCAGGCUCCACUUGGUCGUCUUCGCUGCGUCCUGCGCCCUCCUCGCUGCGUCGGUGUCGUCGCUUCCGCCGGCGGUGGUGUUCAAUGUCGGCGACGAGCGGGGGUGGACGGUGCCGUCGGGCAACAGCACCGAGACGUACAACCACUGGGCCAAGAGGAACCGCUUCCAAGUAGGCGACGUCCUGAAUUUCAAGUACGCGAACGACUCGGUGCUAUUGGUGAGCCACGACGACUACAAGCAGUGCAACACGGAGAGCCCGCUGAGCCGGUUCACGGACGGGGACACCAAGUUCACGUUCGACCGCUACGGGCUCUUCUACUUCGUCAGCGGCAUCCCGGGCCACUGCGAGGCCGGCCAGCGGAUGAUCGCGCGCGUCAUGGCGCCCUCCGCGCUGUCCGGCGCUCCCACGACGGCGCCGCCGGCGAUGCCGCCAACCGUCAGCGGCGGUGGCGGAGGCGCGUCCAACCCGGUCUCGUCACCCGGCGUCCUGCCCGGGUCCAGUCCCACUUCCACUUCCACCCAGAGCCCAAGCCCGCUGCCCCAGGCCAGCGGCGCAUCUAGGCGUGUUCUUAGCGUUGUUUCGUCCAUUGUAGUAGGGCUUGUGGUUGUGGGUGUCGUCUUUCUGUUCGUGUUGGUCUAA